UCAGGGUAUGGAUGGCCCAGAGGCCUAUAUUGCAACUCAGGGUCCACUGCCGAACACUGUCAUCGACUUCUGGAGGAUGAUCUGGGAAUACAACGUUGCUGUUAUUGUGAUGGCGUGUCGAGAGUUUGAGAUGGGAAGAAAAAAGUGUGAGCGGUAUUUCCCGAUGCAGGGGGAGCAGCCUAUGAGCUUUGGCCCUUUCAGAAUCUCCUAUGAAUCGGAGCAGGCCAGAACAGACUACUUCAUCAGGACUUUGACAGCACAGUAUGAAAAUGAAUCUCGUAGGAUAACGCAGUUCCAUUAUAUGAACUGGCCGGAUCAUGACGUCCCCUCAUCAUUUGAUUCCAUUUUGGAUAUGAUUGGGCUGAUGAGAGAAUACCAAGAGAACAAUGAUGUCCCAAUAUGUGUACACUGCAGUGCAGGCUGUGGGAGGACAGGAGCUAUCUGUGCUAUUGACUACACAUGGAACCUCCUCAAAGCCGGGAAAAUUCCAGAAGAUUUUAAUGUAUUCCGGUUGAUCCAAGAGAUGAGGACACAGCGACACUCGGCUGUUCAAACCAAGGAGCAGUAUGAGCUGGUUCAUAGAGCCAUCGCUCAACUGUUUGAGAAACAGCUACAGCAGCUGGAGAGUCCCACCAGCACACAGAUCCAUGAUGGCAUGGAUGAAAGCAGUCCUGACAAAGCAAGCAACCAAUUAUCGGAUGAUACAUGGGACACUCCACCUCCAAAACCUCCCCGCAUUCGCAGUACGCAGGUAGAAGGCGACGUAAAGGAAGAGAUCCUCCAACCCCCAGAGGCUCACCCCGUACCACCCAUUCUGACCCCAUCUCCUCCAUCAGCCUUCCCGACUGUCACGAACGUGCGACAGGACAAUGACCGCUACCAUCCCAAACCCGUCAUCCAUGUCCUCGCUACUGCGCAGCACAACGUGACAGAGGAUAAGAAAACAGACCAGCAGCAGAACCAGCUAGAGCCCAGUCCAAACAAACAGACCAGUCCCUCAGAGCAGAAAGAUCAAGAGCAACUAAGCCGAAAACAGCAGAGUCAGGUCUCAAGUCUGGAUCUCAAUGACAACUACAACAACAAAAUGUCUUCAAAGUCAGAAUCAGGCCAAAGCCAGACUCAGACCCCAUCCUCGCCCCUCUCCCCAGCUGUUGAUUGUUCUGGUGCUCCUCGAAUCGAGAGGAAGCUCAGCAUUGAGAUUAAAAAGGUGCCACUGCAGGAAGGACCUCGCAGCUUUGACACCUCCUCGUCGAUGGGAGUAGCCGGCGGACAAGGCUCCAGUUCUAGUAACAACAGCUGCGCACUGCAAAGAAGUCACGCAUUUAAAGCUCGCACUGGUCCGUCCCUUCUGACGUCCAGCUCCUCUCUGUCAGAGGACUCUGGCACAGAGGGAGGAGCUUGUGGAUGUGGAGAGAGUCAAGCAGAUGGAGGCAGCCUCGCCAGGCCGAACCACCUUCCUGUAAAGAGUGGAGAGAAGGUGGAGAAGCAGGGAGGGGAUUUGAAAGCCGGCCACGCAGCGUGGACUCAACACAGCAACAGCCCGGACAAACAGUACCCCAAGACCACCUCCUCUUCUUCCUCCUCAGACCGCGUGGCUCCAUCCUCAUCCUCCUCCUCCCACCUCUCCUCUUCCUCCUCCUCCUCCUCCUCCUCCUCCACACCUGUUAGGACUGCCCUGAGUUUCACCAACCCCCUGCACUCUGACAACUCGGACGAGGAGGGGAAGAUGUCCGAGGAGACGUCCGGAGGAGGAAAGGAGGCUUUCCGCACAAGCGUAUCCACAGCGACUGCCACCGUAACGGCAUCCUCUCAACAUGGAGACCAGCAGCCGGUCAGAAAGGUGUCGCCGAUGUCAAUUGCAGGGCAGAUCACACCAACGGUCUCUCCAUCCAUAGCAAAUGCGUCUGACUGUGCGACGACCUCUCCAGCCGACCUUCCAUCUGCUGGCACCACAACAAGCAACAACAGCAAGCCAGAGCUGGGUGGGGUUCGGUAACCGCUGCAUUCAGCCCAAAGGUCCUCGACAACCCCCCCUGGAGUGGACAUGAUGGAACAGUCCAGCUGCCCGUCCACCACCACUGUCCUCCCUUGUCAGGAGAUGGGGUCUACCGACCUCACCUGGCUGGUCCAAAAACCAAGAUGAUAGAUGCUACGCAUUUCAUAGAAAAACCUUCUGAGUGACUGUUUGCCAGUACCCUCCUCUUCCUCCUCCUCCUCAGUCCUCCCUGCAAAGUGCCACUGUGCCGAGCAGGGACAGUCAAGAGGCUAGAAUGUUCUCCUCCUCAGCUUGCUGAUGUUGGCAGGUUUGACUACUCUAGAUGCUGACCUGGGAUCAGUUUGGUUAUUUCCCUGUUUUAAUAAAGGAUAAUUCCUGUGGGGGGGUUUUCUCACUUUUUUUUUUCUUGGGGGGGGGGGAACUGGAGAGAAGACUAAGAGCGGGCAUGUUUUUCCUCCAUGAGCUGUAGACACCUCACUUUUAAGGCUGUUACAUGUCAAAUAUAAAUAAAGUGUUCAGGCUGAGCGCUUUGUUUAAAGCCAAAUGAGAAUUUUUUUUCCCUCCUAUAUCAGGAAUUACCUUAAAUUAGAAAAACUACUGUGGGAGGCUGAACUCCCAGAAGUUGUCUGUUGCCUCCUACUGAACGAACAACAAUCUUGAAAGCGAACUUAGAUAAUCUGUUACCCAUUUCUGUUGGGUAUGCACAGGUUGCCAGGGUGCUCUCUCUUUGUCUUUCUCUCCCUGUUUCAAAGUGCUGGUGCUACAUUACAAAGGAUCGUCACGGAAACAAAAGCGCCAGAGCUCACUGUUACCCGUUUCUCACUGCUGUUGUUAGCUCUGCUAUUUUACACGUCCAUGCUUCUCCACCAGAGUGACAGGUUAACAAAGUUUGGCCAUUGUGGUGUUCAUUAAAGUGCAGCUGGUGAUUUUAUGGCAGCUGGCAGUAAUAGUUGUGUCAAUGUCUCAGUGGCAACUAACUGAGCUUUAAAAAAAAA